AGCAUGACAGGAAAGAAAAGUAGACCACAAUGAAGAUUAUAGCUACAGUUUUGAUCUUCUGUGUUGUGAUCUCUUCGCAUUUUGCUAGCGUCGAGCCUCAAAUCGAUUGCUACGACGCUUGCUCUACCGCCUGCGUUCAACCCAACACAAGGCUUAUGCAGCGAUGUGAUCGGAAGUGCCAGAUUAAGUGCGGUCCAGAUUCCAAAGUAGACGGACAUUUGGGUUAGCUCUUGGGAAGGUUUCGAAUGGGCGAAAAUGUUUCAAUUUUAUAAUACAAUAAUGUAACUCUAGUAUUUUUCUAAAAUCGAUUAAUGUAAUUCUAGUUGACAAGUGGGAUAUUAAAAAAAAAAAAAAUCGAUGUAAUCUAGUUUCAAUAAGAUUGCAGAGUUUGUUUUUUCUUCUUUUGUUUUUUGUUUUUGUUUUUGUUUUCUUUUUUUCAUUCGAUUAACUAAUAAAUAGAUGUUUCAUAA